UAACUUCAGAAAGUAAUAGUUAUCAUAAGCAUUACUGGAGGUUUAAAGUAUAAGUGGUGUAUAUUAUUAUGACUUGUAGAUCUUUCUUGAUGUAGGAAACUAUAAGUUUAAUCUCAGUACACAGUUCGAGUGGGUAGAAAACGAAACUUAAUGCCAUAAUAGCUACUUUGAUUUUCAAAGUUACUGCAGUUUUCAGAUGGAAAUCUUAUCAGUUGUCAGCUUUCUCCAGUAACCUGCUUUUGACUCAACUCAUGCAAUCAGAGAGCAAGAAGACGAAAGAAGAAAAAGGAAGCCUGAAAAAGCGAGAUCAUCCGUGUCUAUUAUCUGAUUGGCUGUCUUCGAAGCAAGUUACAUUGCCCACCCACAUGUUUAUAUGAGUCGUUGAUCAUUUGUUGAAUCCUCCCACUGAGAGACAGGAUCUGUGCCGCGAUCGGGCGUUCAUGGCAGCUAAUGAUUAUCGCGCUUACCUGCGGAAUCAUAUCGAUAUGGAAGAGGCUCCGGCGCGCGCUCCACACACGGGCUCCACGCACAGAGCGCUCAUUUUCGGCACGCUCGCUGUCAUGGCACUGCUGCAGGUCGCGUCUAGUGUGGCGAUUCUGUUGCACUUAACCGGUUAUCUCCGAGAGGUCGAUCUUGCCUCACCACAGCAGAGUCCUAAUGAGGAAAUGCACAGUGAAACUUUAAUAGGCGAUCAAAUGAAUAGUUCAACAAAGGACAAAACAAAAAAAGUGCCAUCAGCUCACCUUCCAAUCAAGACGCCCAUAGACUUAUUACCCAAUGAAAACGGUUUAACCCAGAUAGCCUGGGAUGGCAUGAAAGCAGAGAAUCUGAAGAGGAUGAAAUAUAAAGAUAACCGAAUUAUAGUGGAUUCCCCUGGAUACUACUAUGUAUACGCCAAGACCUGUUUUCGAUACCAUGAGAUUCACAGCUCUGAGAAAGUGAACAUCAGCAACAUAGAGCUGGGUCAGUACAUUUACCACGAAAAACACUCACGGUCUGAACCUCCUACUGUCCUUGCAAAAAGCAGCGGGACGCCGGAGUGGAACAUUAAAAAGUAUAACAAGUACUGCAUGGAGCAGGGCAGAGGUGUCCGGCUGGAGAAAGACGAUAGAAUUUACGUCAAAGUAUCCAACGCACAACUGCUGGACCCGGCAGUUGAAGAGACGUAUUUUGGUUGUUUUAAAAUAAGUAAAUGACUUUGACAUUUUUUGCUACUGAAACGUUUGUGCACAUUUUUUUUCAUCCAUACAAACUUUUUCAAAGUGACCAUGAACCACUGAGCACUUGUUUUGAAUCACUGACUUUUGGAUUUUGUUCAAUAUUGAUGACGUUUAAGAGCACAUUAUGAUUUCCUAAUCAUGCCAUCGAAGCUCUUAAGUACCAGCACUAGAAGAUUUAGAAUGGACUCAGGCCUCAUUUGUGUGUUUUUAAGGCCAAUACUGGCAAAAGUAUUCUCAAAAAGACUGUUGGGAAUCAAAACGGUGGAGUGUUUUUGGACAGUCUCAGCAAAGUUUGCCAAAUUGCAGGAGUCUCAAACAACAGAGGAAACUGUACAAACUAAAUGACCAAAUUUGGUUGGAAAUGUAAUAGGAUCAAUAUAAAAGCAAUGUCGCAUUUGCUGCAAAAUAGUGCCCUUAAGACUGGCUAACACUGUGCACAUUUUAAUGAUCUUAUAAGGUUGUAGCUUGUGCAAACAGUUGAAAAUCAAUACGUGCCAAACACAGACACUUGCAUAACUCAGGUGUAGUUGGAUGUCAUCAAUCCAUUACAAGCUCAAUAACCUGCGCUCUUAGGGUGCUUUUACGCCUGUGAAUUGAUUUAGUUGUUCCAAAACAGGGAUUAAAAUUGU